UUUUCCAGGUCCAAGCUGAGCUGGCGUUUGGGGAGGUUGCCUCCCCUGACCCGGCCCCGCCCCCGGCCCGCUUCCUCCUCCUCCCAGGGGCGGGCGUCGGCGGCCCGGUGUCCGGCCCAACCCCGGCCCCGGCCCCGCGCUGCGCGGGCAGCCCCUGCCGCCGCGCCAUGUCCGCCGGCUGGUUCCGCCGCCGCUUUCUGCCCGGGGAUCCGCUUCCCGCGCCGCGGCCGCGACUGCGGCCGCCUGGGCCCCGCACCAGCCCCGUGCCUUACCGACGACCUCGCUUCCUGCGUGGCUCGGGCUCCGGCCCCGGCGCGACCGACGUCCCACGCCGCACCGAUGCCCGGCCCGUACGCUGCCCGGCGCGGGGCCGCACGUUGCCCUGGAACGCUGGCUACGCUGAGAUCAUCAAUGCAGAGAAAUCUGAGUUCAAUGAGGAUCAGGCAGCCUGUGGGAAACUGUGCAUCAGACGCUGUGAGUUUGGAGAGAUGGAGGACCAGGAGUGGCUGACCGUGUGUCCAGAGGAGUUCCUGAUCGGUCAUUACUGGGCCCUGUUUGAUGGGCACGGUGGUCCUACUGCAGCCAUCCUGGCUGCCAACACCCUGCACUCGUGCCUGCGCCGGCAGCUCGAGACCGUGGUAGAAGGCAUAAUGGCCCCACAGCCUCCCAUGCACCUCAGUGGCCGCUGCAUCUGCCCGAGUGACCCCCAGUUCGUGGAGGAAAAGGACAUCAAGGCAGAAGACCUGGUGGUCGGGGCCCUGGAGAAUGCCUUCCAGGAAUGUGAUGAGGUGAUUGGGCGAGAGCUGGAAGCCUCAGGCCAGCAGGGUGGCUGCACUGCGCUGGUGGCCGUCUCUCUGCAGGGCAAGUUGUAUGUGGCCAAUGCUGGGGAUAGCAGGGCCAUCUUGGUGCGGAGAGAUGAGGUUCGGCCACUGAGUUCUGAGUUCACCCCAGAGACAGAGCGGCAGCGGAUCCAGCAGCUGGCCUUUGUCUACCCUGAGCUUCUGGCCGGUGAGUUCACCAGACUGGAGUUCCCUCGGCGGCUGAAAGGGGAUGACUUGGGGCAGAAGGUUUUGUUCCGUGAUCACCACAUGAGCGGCUGGAGCUACAAACAUGUGGAGAAGGCAGACCUCAAGUAUCCACUAAUCCAUGGACAGGGCCGGCAGGCUCGAUUACUGGGCACACUGGCUGUCUCUCGGGGCCUAGGAGAUCAUCAGCUCAGAGUCUUGGACACCAACAUCCAUCUUAAGCCCUUCUUGCUCUCCAUCCCACAGGUGACUGUGCUGAAUAUGGACCAGCUGGAGCUCCAGGAGGAUGAUGUGAUUGUCAUGGCAACCGAUGGGCUUUGGGAUGUCCUGUCCAAUGAUCAGGUGGCACGGCUGGUGAGAAGCUUCCUCCCUGGAAACCAAGAUGACCCAUACAGGUUUUCCGAGCUGGCCCAAAUGCUGAUCCACAGCACGCAGGGGAAGGAGGACAGUACCACGGGUGAAAGGCAUGUGUCCUAUGAUGACAUCUCCGUGUUUGUGAUACCACUGCACACCAAGAGCCAAGGAAGCAGUGGCCACUGAGGACUCAGACUGUGUCCCGGUACUGUUCCAGGGCCACAUGUGGUCUGUCUGCCCUGUCCUGGCACAGCCCUGUAUCCCUGCCAUCCACCCCAAUUAAUACUCACUACAAGCAAAAACAUACCAGGCAGACGGAGCUGGCAGGGUCUGGCCUUCUGUGGGGACAUUCCUCUGGAGGUGAACCCAAUGCAGGUCUCCUCAAACAGGCUCUUCCACAGCCCCACAGCAUGAUUCUUAGGUAGGGAGACCUAGAUUAAGGUGAUAAACUUGAGAUGCCAGGAGGGGUAGCCAGCCCAUCUGGACUCAAGUCUUCAAGCCAUGAAUAAUACCAAGGCAUCUGUACAAUCCCUGAGGACCAUGCCAGUGCCUCAGGGAA